GCCUCUCGCCUCGCUACAGUGACGAAUGUACGCUAGCUUGAAAAAAAUCAAAACAAACAAUUCUGAAGUGAGUGCGUGGAUGCUACUUUGUGUCAGUACAUAACUAGAUUGAGUGUUUGUCUCAGAAAGAGGCCUUCAUCAUGUCGAAUAUGGAGAAACACUUGUUCAACCUCAAGUUUGCUGCCAAGGAGCUACAGCGCAACUCCAAGAAAUGUGACAAAGAGGAAAAGGCAGAAAAGGCUAAAGUGAAGCAGGCAAUCCAGAAGGGUAAUAUGGAGGCAGCCAGGAUCCAUGCAGAGAACGCCAUCCGUCAGAAGCAUCAGUCCAUUAACUUUUUGAGGAUUAGUGCACGUGUGGAUGCUGUGGCGUCUAGGGUCCAGACUGCUGUCACUAUGAACCAGGUAUCUAAAUCCAUGUCGGGAGUGGUCAAGUCCAUGGAUGCUACUCUGAAAAGCAUGAAUCUGGAGAAGAUCUCUGCAUUAAUGGACAAGUUUGAAAACCAAUUUGAAACUCUGGAUGUGCAGACAGCGCAAAUGGAAGACACAAUGGGCAACACAACUACUCUGACUACACCUCAGAAUGAAGUGGAUCUGCUUUUACAUAAGAUGGCUGAUGAAGCAGGGUUGGAUCUUAACCUGGAGCUUCCUGCAGGCCAGACUUCCUCACUGGCUUCAUCUGUGGCGUCGACUGAGCAGGAUGAGCUCUCCCAGAGGCUGUCCAGACUGCGAGAACAGGUGUCAUAAUGAUGUAGAAAAUUACAAGAUCAGGAGGAGGGAGAAGAGCAGGGAGUGAAACAUUGGAGAAUAAACAAAGAAGGUGCCAUGUGCCUGCAAGCUCUGUGCCCUCGUCUGUGUUCCAGGUUUGUACUUUUGUGAGAAAUAAAAGGAGCUGUCUAAACGCAGAAGAGGACGGAGAUGGGGGGGGGGACCCAGGAUACUUACAGUCCUGGUAUUAACUGCAUACCAUACAGUCCUUCCACAAUUAUGUUCAUUUGCACACUCAUAUUUAACAUGGAUUCUGAUUAUUAGCUCAGCAAUAGGACACUGCUGUGCUGGUAUGUGGUGUGUGUUUUUUUUUUUUUUUUUAAGGUGGUACAAAUUGGAUAUAUUCUUCAAUAGAAAUUUAUGCGCUAAUUGUUGAGAAGAAAACAAUUGUUUAACGCUUUAUAACUAAUACCCUAUUCCAAACUGGUUGCACACUGUGUAUAAAAUGCAAUUUUUUAUUUAUUUAUUUAUUUGUGUGCGUAUGUAUUUAUUUACUGACUGACUUGGUAUGGAGAAGAGCAUGCUUCUAACCAUUUUGUCUGACCUGCAUGUCUGAGGAUGUGGGGACCUCUAGAUUGUUGCCUUGUCUGUUUCUGUUUUGCUCUGAAAUUUUGGCUGUAGUGCUGAACCAUAAACUUGUUUAAUUUUGUUAUAUUUUAAUCCAAAAGAGGGCUCAUUGUUAAUGUUUGCUUUGGAGAAAGCUGGAAUAUUACUGAUUUUCUGCAUGUAGCGGUAACCACUGGCUCACCACUCACUUACAUGCAAAGACGUGGUCAUUAAAAGAGUAUAACAUUUGACUUGUCA